AUGAUCGAAGGUGAUUCUAUGCCGCUUGAAAUACACAAUGACAUGAGUGUCAGGGUGUAUGUUGAACUGAAGAAAGAUAGUAGGCAGUUUGGGAGUUAUCCUUUGUGUAUUACCACAACUGAUAAGUUGAUUGAAUACAAUGUGUCUAGUGAAAGUGUAGUUGAAGGUGAUUUAACGCAAUUAGAAUACAAUCGUCAAUUACAAGUUAUGAAUACAGAUGAUGUGACAGAAGUGACAACGUCAACUUCUGGUCAGCAAAUAGUUGUGUCUAAUGAUUUGAUCAUUUCAAAUCAUAAUCACAAGGAGAUCAUGGUAAAUCAGGUAUACAAUGACAAGGAUACUUUGAAGGCUGUGAUGAAAAAAUAUGCAAUUGACAAUAGGUUUCAGUUCCGUACAGAGAGAUCAAAUUCUAUAAGCUACACCAUUGUAUGUAUAUCAGAACAAUGUGAGUGGAAAAUGAAAGCUUCAAGCAUUAACAAAUCUGCAAUGUUCAAAGUUAGAGAGUUUGUGGACAAACAUACAUGUCCAUUGAAUGAUAAGGUGUGUUCUUGUAUUCAAGCAAGUAGUGGUUUUAUAGCAGGCAUUAUUAAACCAAAGUUAACAAAUCACAAGAGGAAGUAUACGCCAAAGGAUAUAGUAGAUGAUGAGAAAAAUGAAAUUGGUGUGGAUGUGAAUUACAUGAAGGCUUAUCGUGCUAAAGAAAAGGCUAUGAUCGAGUUGAGGGGACAGCCAGCAGAUUCUUACAAGAAGUUACCUGGAUAUGUAUACAUCUUGGAUAAAACGUAUCCAGGUUCUCAUAUAAGAAUGCAAAAAUCGCCUGAAAAUGAGUUCUUAUAUCUGUUUGUAGCAUUGUAUGCCUUUAUAAAAGGGUUCGACUAUUGUCGACCAAUAGUGGUUGUAGACGGGAGCCACCUAAAACAAGAAUACAAUGGCACCUUUGUUUCAGCGAGCACUUUGGAUGGUGCAGGUAAUAUACUUCCUCUGGCAUAUGGCGUGAUCGAUUCUGAGAACGAUAAGUCUUGGGCAUGGUUCUUUCAACGGUUCAAGGAAGCAUAUGGGGUAAGGGAUAACAUGUGUAUUGUAUCUGAUAGACAUGAAAGCAUCAUCAAGGUUGUUGCUAGAAUUUAUCCUACUAUUCCGCAUUUAGCAUGCAUAUGGCAUCUUUGGAAAAAUGUAUAUAAUAACUAUAGGAAGAGUCAUGAAGUGUUGAGUGGUGUAUACUAUAAAAUGGCAAAAGCAUACACACAGAAUGACUUUGAUAUGCUAAUGGGAAAAGUUGAGAAAGAGGAUAUUCGGGUGAAGGAGUACUUAGAUUCAGUGGGAAGGGCAAAGUGGGCUAGGCUUUAUUGUCCAGUUAACCGAGCAUGGACAUUAACAUCAAAUAUUGCUGAGUCCAUUAAUGCAGCACUCGUAUCUGCUAGAGAAUUACCAAUAUAUGAUUUUCUGGAGGAAGUAAUUCCAUCAACAGAAUACUUACACACCGUGAUUGAUGAAGGGAGGAGUUUCAUUGUGUGUAUUGAAAAGGAAACUUGUAGUUGCAAAAUGUUCCAAGUCGAUGAGAUUCCCUGCCCCCAUGCUUGGGCUGUUCUUAAGAUGAAAAAUCUCACUGUCGACAGCUACUGCUCAAACUUGUACAAACCAGAAAAUGUGAUGAAGACUUAUGAUGUCCCAAUUUAUCCGUUACCGGAUCAGAGUGAGUGGAAUGUGCCUGUAUACAUUUCAGAAGAAGUAGUGUUGCCACCGAGGUACAAGAGACCGCCUGGAAGGCCAAAAAAGAAGUGUGAUAAGUCUUUAUCUGAAUGGUUUUCAAAUACACGUACAAACUCGUGCAGUAGAUCUGGACAUGCAGGACACAAUAGGCGCUCUUGCAGGAAUGAGCCUAAAAGAAAGUAG